CCUCCUGUGUCCAGUACAGGUCCACAGCUCAUGUCAAACCAUCAAGAUUCAUGUAAUUCUGGAGGAGAUGCAAUGUACACAAUGAUGAAGUCUGUACCAGGAGGCAAUAUGCCAGGGUUUCCAAUGGGGCCGGGGCCUGAUGGUCCUAUGGGACCUGACAUGGGUGCAUCUUUAAUGAAUGGUGAUGGCUUGGAUGGAAUAAAAACAUCUCCUGCUAAUGGACCAGGAACUCCUAGGGAGGAUGGACCUCCUAUGGUCGAGUAUGGUAUCCCUGGUUAUGGACAGGAUAGCAUGCCGGGGGAUACAUCAGGAAUUGACAUGCAGUGCCAUUUGCAGGCUUGUGCUGGUCACCAGGGGGCACCCUUGUGAAAUUUAAGUGCAGGAUAGAAUCACAGGAUCAGAAUGAGUCAGCAGCUAUACUAAAAAUCAAAGAGAGCAUGCAAGAGGAAGCAAAAAGAUUUGAGAAAGAUACCCCCCCUGAACAUUCGGAAUACUUUAUGCAAUAAUUUGUACUUUGUGUUUGCUCUCCCUCAAAUUAUUACCUUAAUACAGACACAGUGUGUUCUGAGAUCUUUACCUGGAAAAUGGAUUCUUACAUCUUACGGACAGUGAAAUUGACCUAACCAAAACACUGCUGAAGAUAUUAAUUAAAGUAUAAUGAGCUACAUCGUGGCUGCAACUGUACAGUAGUGGCCAUGUUUAGUUCGGUCUUUAUUUUCCCAUCGGAGCUACUUCUCCAGUGGGUCAACAGUAAGUUUUAUGGGCUUACAGCACUAAAACUGUGGUUCGAUUACCCAUGGUGGGCAAAGUGCAGGUAUCCCAUUGUUUAUAUAUUUGCAUUAAGAAAACGACCAUAAGAUUCUGUACUAAUGAGAGUGUUUUUUUGUGUGUGUGUCUUAUGGAGACUGCAUUUUGAACAUCAUCCUUUUAUUUUCUCAUCUCAAAAUGAUUCAUAACAGAGAUGAUCUAAUCAUUUGCAAUUAAGCAAUUUAAACAUGAGAGUGAUAUGUGAGGGUUGUUUAAAUUCAAAGUACUGCUCCAACAGAGUGAUAUGUGAGGGUUGUUAAAAUUCAAGGUACUACUCCAACAGAGUGAUAUGUGAGGGUUGUUUAAAUUCAAGGCACUGCUUCAACAGAGUAAGAUGUGAGAGUUGUUGAAAUUCAAGGUACUGCUCCAACAGAGUGAUAUGUGAGGGUUGUUUAAAUUCAAGGUACUACUCCAACAGAGUAAGAUGUGAGGGUUGUUCAAAUUCAAGGUACUGCUUCAACAGAGUAAGAUGUGAGGGUUGUUCAAAUUCAAGGCACUGCUUCAACAGAGUAAGAUGUGAGGGUUGUUCAAAUUCAAGGCACUGCUUCAACAGAGUAAGAUGAGAGGGUUGUUUAAAUUCAAAGCACUGCUUCAACAGAGUAAGAUGUGAGGGUUGUUCAAAUUCAAGGCACUGCUCCAACAGAGUAAGAUGUGAGGGUUGUUUAAAUUCAAAGCACUGCUUCAACAGAGUAAGAUGUGAGGGUUGUUUAAAUUCAAGGUACUGCUUCAACAGAGUGAUAUGUGAGGGUUGUUCAAAUUCAAGGCAUUGCUUCAACAGAGUGAUAUGUGAGGGUUGUUCAAAUUCAAGGCAUUGCUUCAACAGAGUAAGAUUUGAGGGUUGUUCAAAUUCAAAGCACUGCUUCAACAGCGUAAGAUGUGAGGGUUGUUUAAAUUCAAGGUACUACUCCAACAGAGUAAGAUGUGAGGGUUGUUUAAAUUCAAAGCACUGCUCCAACAGAGUAAGAUGAGAGGGUUGUUUAAAUUCAAAGCACUUUACCCUAAGAAUAAUAUGAGCCUUUAAAUGGAACUAGUCUUCUCACUGAAAUUGAAUCAGAGUUUUUGUUUAGAUAUUUUGGAGUUUCAUUAAGUGAAUCGUCAGCGAAGAGCUGCCACUUAUCAACUAACGAAUGUUUAUUAUUAAUUACGUGAACUUGUAAGGCAAAUGGGAUAAAAGUGAGCCUAGUGUUAAAAGUCAAAUUUUUGUCAGUAUUUACCUCCUCUGAACUCUGUUACCCAUUGCCUAAUGUGACACUUGAUAAAGGAACAUAUAUAUCAUUAAAGCUGGAAAUACAUAGGUGGUAGCACUUAAGAUCUAUUUUGAAUUUUAUCGAGGUGGAUAGUAUUCCAUUCGUACAUACAUUGAAUUUAUUCAUAUUUGUGAAUACGUAUGGCACUGUUUUCGGUCUUUAUUUAUGUAAAAGUUUCAAUCAGAACUUUGUAAUGUUCCGAUACAUUAGUGAACAUCGAGUUUUGUACAUUUUAUGUGAACUAAUGCAUUUUUAAUUUUUAUGGAGUCGGAGAAUAUUGCAUACUGUGUUUUAACCAGGAGAAAAAUGUACUGACACUUUGAACAAAACAUUCAUACAGCAUGCAUACAUGAUCAGUAGAUGUAAAGUCUUUUAAUUUUUGUCCAAUUUUUUCAAUUACACCAUUAAAAUAUGGAGUCAGUUUCUCUGCAGUCGACGGAAUGCAGAUAGCCCAUCCUGUAUCUUUGUACUAAAAAAAAACAGUUUCAAUCAUGUUCAUAUCUAGUUUUUUUAUUUCUGAGAAGCAGUGAGAGGAUUGUAUGGAAAAAUAAGAGUGGAUAUUAACUACUCUUUGUGCCAAGUUUGAAAUUUGUGAAAUUUAUAUAUAUAUAUACAUAUAUUUAUAAUGUUUUGUUGCUCUGUUCCGAAUAAUAAUGUGUUUAUAUAAUUCAUUAAGUAAAAUUCUUGAUCAUUUGAAUUUAUUGAAACUCGUUAAUUUUUAAUAGCAUUUGUGAACAAAAUUUUUUCUUUUAAAAAUUAUAGUUUUUAAUGUGUAUUUUUUAUCAGGAAUAUUUUAAUUUUAUCUGUACAAUACUCCUACAACAAAGUAUUUUUCUCUCGAUGUUUUUUUCAGCUCUUACAGUUCUUUAGGCUGUAAUUGAAUCAUGAAUCUGUGUAAUUGAUUGUUUUGAAGCAGUAGGUAACGAUUCAUUUAUAUGUUUGUGUAUGGCUCGCACAUUGUAGUGAUAGGCUUAUGACAGUAGAAUGGUGUUUUUUAUCCCGUUUCAGACAUAAGAUACGUAACAGUAUGUUUUGUUGCAUUUUAUAUUUUUUUAAGCCAUUAAAACAUUAAUUAUAAAAAUGGUAUGUAUGUAUAUUUGAUGUAAAUUUUAUUUGUUUAAAAAAAAAGGAAAAAAGGUCAUUUUUUCGUACUAGUACAUAGAUCUUAAAAUUCUGUGUUUAAGAUGUUGGGUGAUAAUAAACAUACAUCUUAAUUGUACUUUUAUUUAAACAGCAACUAAGUGGAGGAAAGUAUGAGUUACUCUGUGUAAAACUGUGGCACAUGAUUCAAAAGUAUGAGUUACUCUGUGUAAAACUGUGGCACAUGAUUCAAAAGUAUGAGUUACUCUGUGUAAAACUGUGGCACAUGAUUCAAAAGUAUGAGUUACUCUGUGUAAAACUGUGGCACAUGAUUCAAAAGUAUGAGUUACUAGGUGUAAAACUGUCACACAUGAUUCCAAAACAAUGAAUUUAUUCUUCCAUAUUUAAUUUCAGUAAUGCUGUUAUGUAAGUUUUGCUUCACAAUUGAUAUGACAAAUGUCGUCUUAUUUUGAGGUCUGCUUAUGCCACCCUGGAUAAAAGAUCUUUUGCUCCGUUGUUCAAACUAGGCUAAAACACAGAAUUUGUUUAAUGUAACAAAAUGUUGAAAAAAACAACAUGGUUUGUUAGUAUGUGAAUAUUCGCAGAACAAAAAAAAAAAUUGUUGGGCAUUAGAUAAAAUGUACGAGGUGGAACAAAACCGAUGGCUAAGUUAACUUCAAAUACAAAGUAGAAGUCUGUUUCUGUAAAUAAAGUACUUUUUACAGCUA